UCUUCAAUUAGUAACUCAACACUGUCUGACAACACAAAACGACACCGUUUUAAUUCAGUCCCCCUUCUCCUUUCACCUUCUUCCCACUUCUCUAAAACCCUAAUACAAAGUCUCUGCAAUUACUGAAAAUGGCAUCUCUAGUUUCGAAAAUCUCAUUGACAAGACUCUUUUCACGGAUCCGUGCCCCAUCAAUAGCUUACACUCUAUGCACAGCUACAGAAACCCGAACCCAGAAGUUGGAGCGGAUCGCCGACCAACUUCUGGACCUGAAUAAGCUCGAAAAGCAUGACUACUCCAUCCUAUUCCGGCACAAAAUGGGUCUUAACCGAUAUGGACCUGCUGUUUCAGGUUUGGGCUCUGGAUCUUCUUCGUCCGGCCCUGGUGCAGCGGCUGCGGAUGCAAAGGUGGAAGAAAAAACCAUCUUUGAUGUAAAGCUUGACAAGUUUGAUGCGGCGGCGAAGAUUAAGGUGAUUAAGGAAAUUAGGUCUUUUACUGAUUUGGGUUUAAAGGAAGCUAAGGAGUUGGUAGAAAAAGCGCCAGCAGUGGUGAAAAAGGGAGUAACGAAAGAUGAAGCUAAUGCCAUUAUAGAAAAGCUCAAGGCAAUAGGUGCUACAGCGGUAUUAGAAUGAAAUUUCCAAUUUUGCCUCAUGUUCUUAUACUUUAAAUUGUUAUUUUUAUGGGGAAUAGAAAUGGAAAUUGUACUCCAUUUUGACGAAUUUUGGUUGCACAUUGCUAGGGACUUCACUACAUUGAUUUGCUACUCAUUUUUAUGUGCCCCGUUACUGUUUAUAGUUCCUUGUUACUGCUUCAAUAAACUCUUGUCUUAGUUCAGUUACUCUGUGCAAUAGAGUAGAUUGAAAUUGUAAUAACUUGCUGGGAUUGAGCAUGUUGAUUAUCUUGGAUUGCAAGAUCCAUUGUUCUCCCUUUUAACAUGGAUUUACUUACAAA